AAGGAGCAAAGAUUUGCUUUGGCAACACCGUAAAAUCCUUUUAUUUUUUAAACCAAGCACUCUGCAUUUCCUCAUCUUAAACUCAAAACGUUUACCUACCAGGACCAGCACAAACAUUUAAUGUACUGUAACAUUUGGACAUUCCACACCUUUCUCAGCUUUUGGAUGUAGGUUCUCAAGUCGAACCCUGGAAAUAAUAAAUCUAACUCAUCGUCCCUCGUGAGCGCCGACUGGGUGCUUGUGCAUCCUAAAGCGCUAUCAAGAAAUACUCUAAAACCAGGUUUCUGGCCCUUCUCCAGGUAAGGGGAAAAGGAAAAAAAAAAACCUGCUAACCCUCGCUGAACUAAAACAACGCUGCAGCCUCGGAAAGCACCGAGCCCAGGAGCAUCAGCACGGCUCGUACGCCAAUCUCCAACAUAGCAACAGAGAUGCGAGAUCACCCAGGGUUGGAUAGGGCAAAUCGGUCGGAUUUCCAGUGUUUGGCUAAGCCCGGCGCAUCAUCCCCUCGGGCCGAGCACCACCACUCCGGGAUCAGCAACCCCGCACCGCGAGGACCACGAGCCGCGCGCACUCUCCCCUCGCCGCUCGCGCGCACCCCACCCCGCGAGGCUCCGCCGCCCGGCACCGCGCGCAGUGCGCACGCGCAGUGCGGCCGCUCAGGCGGGCAAAUUCAAACGUGCCCUUCUCUCUCUCUCUCUCUCUCUCUCUCCCCCUCUGCCCCCUUUCUCGUUGCCGUGGGUAGCAAUGGAUGCGCUGACGUCAUUGCACCGCGUCCUUCGUUCUGCGGUUUCCGGCGCUCGCCCGCGGUGAAUGCGGGGCGGGCGGCUUCGCGCGGCUCCCCUUCCGCCGGGGCUGUGGCGGCGGCGAUGGCUUCGCGGCGAGUAGCGGAGCUGGAGGAAGAGCUGCGGGGCUUGGCGGAGGAGCUGCGCCGCUGCCAGGAUGAUAAAGAAUUUGUGUGGUCUCUGUGGAAACGUCUCCAAGCAUCAAGUCCAGAUCUUACUCAAGCUGUCGGCUUGGUUGUGGAAAGAGAAAAGCAGAAAGCUGAAGUCAGAGACAGACAGAUUUUAGAGAUUUUGCAAGCCAAAGAUAACCAAAUAGAAACCCUGGAACAGAGACUCACAGGACAGCAGCAGGAGAUAAACAACUUAAUACGGAGAAAAAUUGCUGUGGAUGAGGAAAAUACCCGUUUGAAGAAUGAAUUCAGUGACUUGAAACAGAAAUUUAAAGAUAAAAGCCAAGAACUUAAGGACACUGAGGAGUGUGCUCAGAAGAAGGAAGAGCAAAACAGACUGGUUAUAAAAAACCUUGAGGAGGAAAAUAAGGGAUUAAAUACACGCUGUGCUGACCUGCUAAACGACCUGGAGAAACUGAGGAAGGAGGAAACACAAUGGAGAACAGAAAAAUCUGGCAAUGAUGCCAGAAUAAAGAGUUUAGAAGCUGAAUUAGCAGAGGCAAGAGAACAAAUCGAAGAGUUGCGCAGGAUGUCCAGUAACUUGUCAUCUCAGAUAGCUGUGAAACAGGAAGAACUCUCCCAAAGGGAUUGUGAUGUGAUCAGAGCUAAGAAGGAGAUACAAGAGCUGGAGAAUCUUUACAGACAAAACAUUGAACAUACAGCACAGCAGGAUGAGGUGAUAAAGCAGCUUCAGGAUCUUAAUACUGCUACACAAAAAGCACUGAAAGACCAAGAAGCUGCUCGCGCAGCUGAAACAACAUAUCAAAAACUUUACAAUAAAUUAUGUUUUCAAAAUGUUCAAACAAGUGAAAUUCAACUGCAGCAAAGCUGUGCCUCCUUUCAGGAUCAGUUACUUCUAAAAGAUCGUAAGAUUUGUCAGUUACAAGAGCAACUUCAGCAGGCUCCUGGUGCUUUAAAUGCAGUACAUCAGAACUCUUCUCCAAAAUGUGAAGUACAGGUAUUUCAGCAGCCUUCUUUAGAUGAGCUGGAGUGUCUUAUUACAACGCAAAAAUCUGAAAUCAAGAUUCUACAGGAAAAAUUGGAAAAAGCUACACUUAGCCUAAAAGAGCAUAAUUUGUACGCUACAGAUACUCUGGAAAGCGACUGUAUAAGGAGUGGAAGAAAGCAUGCGGAACCACCUGUGAAACGUUCAAGGUCUCUGUCCCCAAAGAGCUCUUUUAGAGAGGCAGAGGAGCUAAGGAAGCUUAAAAUAGCUGAAAGGAAGAUUGAAAACUUAGAGAAGACAUUACAGCUAAAGACUCAGGAAAGUGAUGAGCUAAGAUCAGCCCAUGAAAAACGCAAAGAGAGGCUGCAGAUGUUACAGACCAACUACAGUGCACUAAAAGAGCAAUUAAAGCAGUGGGAAGAGUGUGAUAGCAAGAUUGAAAGUAGUGAAAGGAGAUACCAGCAUGCAGCCCCCCAUCCGCUUUAUCGAGAGGAUUCUGAUGCUGUGUGGAAUGAACUGGCAUUUUUGAAAAGGGAACACAAAAAGCUGUUGAUUGAAAAACUGAAUCUUGAAGAAGAAUUGAAUCAGAUGAAGGCACACCAAUCUGCUGAGCCACUUUUUAAGCUUAGUAAAGAUGAUGAGGUCAAGAAAAGUACUCCAAAGAGGAAUAUGAAAGAAGUUUCACAUCAGACAUUACAGAAGGUACAACAACUGGAAAGAAGAUUCAAAGCUAUUGAAGGGGAAUUAAAGAAACAGAAGGAAGUAAAUAAAGACUUACUGAAGGAGAAAGAGUCUUUGAAGAUGUCUUUAAAAGUGCAAAAGGAAGAUGCAGAUACAAGGGAAAGAGAGCUGGAAAUGCUACUUAAGAGGAUUUGUGAAAUAAAAAAAGACAAAGCAGAACUUCAGUUAGUGAUUGAUGAGCAGAAAAAAGAAGCUGCAUCUUUGAAGAGGCAAGUGACAGAAGCUAACAGGUUGACAAAUGAAAAUGGAGAUUUGCUGAGUCAAGUGCAGGAGCUGAAGUGUUUGCUGGAUGAAGCCAAAGCAGUGGCAACCUCUGGGCAAUGUAAUUGCAAGAUAACAGGCACCAAGGUUAAAUUAAAAACAGCCAAGAAAAAGAGCUCUUUGGGACAUCAUGGAGCUUUUCUCAAAGAGUGCAUCAAGGUUAUGAGUAAUGUAUUUGAGAACUUCAGUAAGGACGGCUGGGAGGAUGUGAGUGAAAGCAGUGACUCUCAAAUACCAACUUCUGAAAGUUUGGAAACACUGAUUAUGAAGACCAUGCAAAACAUUGACCCACUGCCCCGUAGAAGUAAACAGCAAGGAAGAAAGCAAAUACAAGAUAGUCAAAAGCCCUGCAAUUUUGUUUAUUUAGAAGACAAAACCCAGCAAUAUAAUAAAAAGGGCCGUUCACAAAAUGGAGACCUCGGAAAGUUAUGUUCCAGGAGAAGGAAGAUCAGCUCUCUUACAACAACUUAUCCAGCAAUUGCAAGCAAAGUGAACAGAACAAAAAGGAGAAAUAUCGUUGUCCAGAAACCAGGCUACUAUGUUACUCUGCUGCAGGAAAAAAUUAAGGUGUUGCAGCAGCAGAUAGCUGUUUUACAGAAUGAAAAAAAGACAGCAGUGUCUUCUGUGAAGGGAUUUAAAGAAGCCAAUGAAAAACUAACAACUGAGCUACAUUUGGCAAAUCAGAGACUUCAAACUAGUAAACUGACCAUAGAGGUGCUGACCUCCAACUUGGCCAAGUGUCAACAGGAGAAGGAAGGUUUACAAGGAAAACUGAAGUUGAGAGAACAUCUGCCUCAAACUGCUGGCAAGAGUGGAGACAUACUAGCUUCUUCAAAGAACGUUGAUUUAGAGAUGAAACAGCUGCAGUGCAAACUAAAGAAUUUGAAUAACGAAAUCACCAAGCAGUCGACCACCAUUAAGUCACUAAAAAACGAAGUCCAGGAAAAAGAAGAACAAGUUCGGGUACUACAAGCGAAGAUUUCUCAGUUGGAGAGGGACCUUAGUAUGAAAAGACACUUGAUAGAAGACUUAAGAUCUCGUCUAAAAGUAAAUCAAGAAAAUGAGAAAACCUCUAAUGAAACAUUAGAAAGUCUUGAGAGAAAGAUAAAGGUACUGACUGGAGAGUGUUCAAACAAAAAAAGUUCCAUUGAAUCACUGAAAGAAAGACUUAAUGUAGCUACAAAAGAGAAGUCUCAGUAUGAGCAGAUGUAUCACAAGGCUAAAGAUGAGUUGGAGAAGAAGGAUCUCAAACUUACCAGUCUGGAGAACAAAAUGAUUGAGACUCAAUGUGCCAUGGCUGAACUUGAGACUACUGCAUCUCAACAGCUACAUGGCUUGGCUAAACAGAGCAAGCACACUUUGGAAACUGUACAGAAGAAGCUACUGCUCACCAACAACAAAGUAGAAGAGUUCAUGACAUUUGUGAAGGCUCUAACCAGGGAGUUACAGCACGGCGUACAGGAGCUGAGAACAAAAAUCAAACAAGCAAAGAAAAUGAGAGAAGUGAGGGCUUGCAAAAAGGGUCUUUCCCAAGAGUGUUUUCAGUUGGCAGCAUCUAUCCUUAAUGUUUCAACAGCUGAUCUUGAAGAGAUAUUAGAAGUAGAAGAUGAUGAAGAAACAGCGAAGACAAAAAUUGAAUUUGAAAAAGAUAAAGAAUGGCUGCAGUAUAUACAGAAACUUCUUGAAGCACAGUUUCCAUUUGCCUCAUACUUAAUGGAUGCUAUACUGGAAAAAUUAAAUGAGGAGAAGAAACUGGUAGAAGAGUACAAUUCUCUCAUGAAACACCCUGUAUGAUGUUGCUAGGACGUGUCUUUGCAAAGCGUGGCUAAAAUGUGUUGCUGUUUCCUCAUAUCUUUCCUCUUUACAUAAGGAACUGUCAAUACACACAUUCAAUACAUAAGUAGAAACUGUGAACUAAUUAAUUGUUGAACAAGAGGAAUUAAUUAUGUUCCUAUUUAAAAUAGAGUGUGCUAUUGCUCUCCUGAAGAUAAAAAUUGCUGCAAAUCAACGCAAAGUUAAAAACAUUUUUCCUUUAAAUGCAUUAGCAGCGAACACCAGUGCAGGCUUUGUAGAGAGAGGAUGUUUUUGAUAGGACCAAUAUGCCUUUGUACAAUUCAUAAAGUACAAAAAGCAGCUAAAUAAAUCCUGGUUGUACUAAUCAGAACAGUAGAAGUAGGAUUUACAAAGGAACUGGGAACAUCACUGGGGUUUUGAAUACCUAAUUUCUUUUAGCUUUUCUGUAAAUCCAAGUUCACUUAUAUAUGGUAUAUAAAAUGAUAUGCCUUCUUUAUGUUGGAAAAAAUAAGAAAAUUAAUGAUUGUAGAAUAGAAGCUUUCAAUGUAGAAUAAGAUUCCUGAGGAAAAAAAUGUAUUUUCUCUUCUGAGUUGAAAU